UGUAGUUAUACAACUGAGGCGUUUAUAUAGUAGCCAACUGAUAUGUCGAGAUAUAGCCUACUUCAGGAUUAGUCAAAGACCAUCUCCAGCCGACGAAUAUUCGACAGGUAAAGCUACAAAGCCGCGAAACAGAAUGGGCGACCACAACGUUGGACGUUUGAUUGCCAUUGUGGCUUCAUUCAGUCUAUUUGUCAUUAUAAUAAUUUUCAACGUCUUAGCCGGACCAGGAUUGCCACCCUUUUUAAAUGGCACUGGAGACAUAUCUGAUGCAUUUGACACUCAGAUCACCCCCUCUGGCCCUACGUUUUCCAUCUGGGGUGUGAUAUACACCUGGUUAACGCUCAUGCACGGCUACAUCCUCAGCACUCUAUGCAGACGCAAUGCCUAUGGCUAUAUGUACUGCAGUCCUCCUGUGCUUCCAUAUGGAUUUUUCAUUUCCUGGAUUUUGAACAUGAUUCUUAACACUGCAUGGCUUUUGCUGUGGGACCGACAGGAAAUGAUUGGUGCAUUCGUUGUUCUUGCAUCCGUGGCCUUCACAAAUUAUGCAAUGAUAUUCUUCUCCUGCCAUGGACUGAAAUCUUAUGGUGCUUGGCUAAACAAAUACCACAAAGUGGACUUGUGGCUCAUCCGUGCGCUGGUUCAGAAUGCGAUAGGAAUUUACACAGCAUGGACAACAAUUGCCACCUUGAUCAAUCUCACCAUUGUUAUGGACUACAAUGGGCAGGUGUCCUCACUGGAUGCAGCCACUGUAUCUCUCUCGGUUCUUCUUGUGGUGGUGCUUGUUUGGUUUGUUGUUGAGAACUUUGUGCUUGACAAACAUGUCCGGUACAUCCUGACCAUCUACCCUGUGGUUAUUGUGGCUCUGACGGGAAACAUGGCUAAGAACUUCGAUGCUGCCGCACCCAGUCGGAAUGGAAUUUUCAUUGCUGUGCUGUUGGCUCUGGCAUGUGCCCUGUUUGCCAUACGAAUAAUUUUGGUUGUCUGGAGGCACAUUAAGAAACCUCUCUAUAUGGAAAUGGAUGCCGAAAAUAUUAAGUCACCAAUGGAAAUAGCUGAAAAGCAGAAAAAGAUAUUUGCUUAGGAGAAAUGCAUGUUUGUUGCAGGGAAACAGAAGUUAGGCCAGUCUGGAUAAUAAGGCAUUUUUAUGGGCCAAAUUAAAGCCUUGUCAUGUUUAUUAAUUAUAACUUUAUUAGCCUAAGACACAAACAAAUGUGUGUCUAUGCAAUUAGGCUAUUUUGUAUAUAAACAUCAUAAUUUAUUUUUUUAAAUGAACAAAAGUGCUGUUAGCUACAUAUGUGUGUGUGACUAUGGCUGCAGAAUUGAAGCGGAAGACUCUGAUGAACUACUACUUGGACCUUUUUU